AGGAGGAGAACAGCUUUGACCAUGACGAUGAAUUAUCUAUUAGCCUACCUUCAGCUGAUGGUGUAACUAUAACUCAAGAGGGGAUGGUGAUGAGGUGUCAAAGGCAGAGAAGGGAAAGAGAGGAGCAAAGAGAUCGAAGGCUGGUGUUCAAUUGUCUCCUUCCAAGAGCAAGGCAAGUAGAGUAAAGCGGGCUGAUUGCUGGAAGUAUUUUAAGUUAAUCAGUGUUGCAUCAAAAAAAGAGUUUGGGGUCCAAAUAACAAAGGCCAAGUGCAAGUUCUGUUCCAAAAGCUAUGUGUACCAUCAAGGGGGGGCAACAUCACAGCUAAAUCGACACCUAACCAAGUGCACACAAUAUUUGAACAAGUUGGCUAAGGCUAAGGCUAAUCUUGCUCAAGGUACACUAACAUUCUCUCCGGAUGGCAGUUCUAUUGUUGUUAAUCCUACUGAAUAUGAUCAUGAUCACACUAGACUUUUGAUUGCUAAGAUGAUAAUUGUCUAUGAGUAUUCAUUUAGGAUGGUAGAGCAUAAAUGGUUUAAUAUCUUGAUGAAAUGGAUGAACAGAAACUAUGAAUCUAUUGGUAGGAAGACCAUUAAGAAUGAAUGUAUGAAGGUUUAUGAGUCUGAGAAAGAACUGCUCAAAAAGAGUCUGAGAGAGGCUGAAUCGAUAAGUUUAACUACUGAUUUGUGGACAUCUAAUCAAAAUAUUCAGUACAUGUGUUUGGUGGCACAUUACAUUGAUGCUGAUUGGGUCUUGCAAUGUCGUGUCCUGAAUUUUAUGGAGUUGGAUCCUCCCCACACAAGGAUUGUAAUAGCUCAAGCUGUUUUUGAGUGUAUGGUGGAAUGGAAAAUAGAGGAUAAGGUGAUGACUAUAACUCUUGAUAAUGCCUCAAACAAUGAUACUGCUAUCACAAAUUUGAAGGCAAAGCUUCUUGCUAGAAGGAACACAAACUUUGACUCCAUUUAUUUUCAUGUUCGUUGUGCUGCCCAUAUAGUCAAUUUGGUUGUUAAUGAUGGGCUGCAGCCACUAGAGUCUUUGAUAAGUGAUCUUAGAAAUACAGUGAAGUUCUUUAAGAGGUCUCCAGCCCGUAUGUACAAGUUUGUGCAAGUUUGCAACCAAUAUGCUAUCAAAGUAGGAAAAGAGUUGACUCUUGACGUGAAAACAAUGUGGAGUUCAACAUACAAAAUGCUAGAUUGUUGCAAUGUGUAUAAGGAUGCAUUUGGUUACUAUUGUGAAUUAGAUAACACAUAUGUGUGGAAACCUUCACAAUCUCAAUGGGAAUUGUAUGACAAAAUUAGACCAAUAUUGAAAACAAUGGCAGGAGCAACAACUGCAUUUUCAGCAUCUACUUAUCCCACUGCCAAUGUAUUUUAUCCAUAUAUAAUUCAAGUAAAGAUUGCAUUGAAAGAGGCACAACAGUCAGGUGAUAGAUAUGUGAUGAGUAUGGCUGAUGCAAUGUUGGAUAAAUUUGAUAAGUAUUGGGAGGAAACAAAUAAUGUCAUGAUUAUUGCUACAAUUCUUGAUCCUAGGUUCAAAAUGAGGUACAUUAGAUGGUGCUUUGCUAAGAUUUAUGGCAGCUUAAGGUUUCAAAGAGAGAUAGAGGACAUUUAUAAGGAGUUAGAAAGGUUGUACAAGAAGUAUGAGACUAUAUAUCGCCGCAAGUUGGGUGAAAGUGAAACUACCCCAAGCAAUGCUCAAUCAUCCUCUUCUACAAAAGAUACUAGCAGCUCAUUGGCAUCUAUUAUUCCAAGUGGAUUCCAAACCUUUCUAGAAUCUAGUGCUACAGAAAGUUCAAAAUCAGAGUUACUUAUCUAUCUAGAUGAACCAAAUGUCUUCGUUGAAGAGAAGAACUUCAACUUACUCAAUUAUUGGAAGGUCAACACUCAUAGAUUUCCUGUGGUGGCUAGUAUGGCAAAGAUGUUCUUGGCUGUCCCUGCUAGUAGUGUGUCAUCAGAGUCUACUUUCAGCACUGGAGGAAGAAUUCUUGAUGACUAUAGGAGCUCUUUGAAAUCAUCAACAGUUCAAGCAUUAGUUUGUGCUUCUAGUUGGAUACGGGGUUCUCAGAGUUCUCCUAUUAUUUUGGUAUGUGAAUGUGAUGAUGGUGACAUUGAGUCCGUGGAGUUUCCAAAAUGCAUAGUCGCUAGCAACUAGACAACUAGUAACUUGGUAUUGCCACGUAUAUGUACGUAGUACACCUAUGCUGCCAUGAUAUUUCCAUUAUGUGCUGCUCAUUACCUUAUAUUUGGAAUUGUACAUUUCUGUAAAUAAUUGCUGAACUCUUUUCGUAUUAAUUGUAGACUAAUUUUGGCCAAUGGAGUCAUGGGGAGAUGGAGAGAUGGAGAGGAGCGGACACCCGAUGACCUUAUCACCUGAAUAGGAGAAGACCUUAUUAUUUUGUUGGCUGCUACUGUUAAAUUUUGUUUGUGUGAACUCCUGAACUCCUACACUUGAACCUAUGUUGGCUGCCUUGGGCCUUGGCAGUGGCCAGUGGGCACCUUGACCUGGUUCUGUGACUGGACUGGACCUAAACAAUUG